UUAUAUCUUGAAAUAUGUAAAUUUUUGAAAAUGGGGAAAAAGAAAGGAAAAAGUUCUCACAAAAAUGGCCAGGAGACUACUCCAGGGAUACUACAGAAUGAGAAGAAACAUAGUGAUCCCUCCUGCUUGCAAGAAAUUGACAGGACACUGACUCGGAGAUGUGGGUCUCUUCUGAUUGUUUGAGGAUUUUUGUUCUUUACAAUAGGAAUUUACUGGACCAUAGUGGCUAAGUUCAUGCCUGAUACUGGCAUAGGGGUUCUGGAUUUCAUGAAGUAUGAUAAGUACACUUUCUGAGCGAUUGUUGCAUUAUGGCCGUUGUGCAUAGUAGUACUGGGUUCAAACUGGCUAUGCUUGAAGAUCUUCCGCCAUAUAUAAACAUAAGUUCAAUAUAGGCUCUAAAA